UUUAUUGGAGGAAUGAUUGCUACAUCACGAGUUGAAUCAGUAAAUGCAUACCUGAAACGUUUAUUAUAUAGUUCAAAUAUCUCUUUAUGUGACCUUUUAACUGAGAUUACUAGGUUAUUGGAUAUUCAGAAUAGAGAGAACGAAUAUAAAUUUUGGAAGCUCUCAAUUCCAAACAUGAAAAAUCAGGAUAAAGUGAACUUUUUGUUUACUAAUGUUGACAAGUGUAUUCAAAAGUUUCUUACGUCAACCAUUUUACAAAUGCAAUAUAACGAAAUUAACCAGUCAGUUUAUUAUAUGUCGAAUGUAAUUAAGGAUAUGAUGCAUUUUAGUGAGGAUGAUGAUUCUAACAAUUCUCAUGAAGAAUUUGACAGUGAUGAUAU